CGCGCCCUGCGUGCGCCGAGCGCAGUUCCGGGUCACGGCGGCCAUGGAGGCCGGGCAGGGACCCGGCCCCGGCCCCGGCGGCGACGCGGCCCAGAGGGAAGUACCAAAGCCUUAUGUUCCAACGGAGGAAGAAAGAAGACUGCUCAAGGAAUGUGCUGAAGAGAGUUUUCGGUAUAGAGCUUUCCCUUUGGCUGCAGUGAGCAUGCUUGGUACUAGUUUCUUAAUUAGAAAAGGUGUUCUAAGAGAUACCUCAAGAUUCGGCUCUUUUAUUAAAGUCGCAUUUGCUGGAAUGUGUGGAUACCUGGCUGGAAAGAUAUCCUACUUGCCAAUCUGUAGCGAGAAAUUUAAGAAACUGAAGGAUUCCCCAAUAGGAGAUGUUCUGCGACAAGCUCAGAGACAUAGUUCACCUAAUCGUUCCAGUCGUAAAUCUGAAUUUUCAGACGUACCUUCUCAGUCAUUCACUGAGUCAUCUUCUCCAAAUGCUGGAUUCCCACCUUCUUCCAGCUAUUUAGAUGAUUACAGCUCAACAGAUAGAGCCCUCUCAAAUUAUGAGCCCGUUCCAUUCAGUGCUUCUUUGAAUGAAUCUUCACCUACAGGAAUUACUGACUACUCUGCUCAAGAACCUGCUCCAGUUCCAGAAGAAAGUCGUAAAAAAAAAGGCAUCACAUACGAGGAGUUGAGGAAUAAACACAGACAGACAUACGAGGUAAUGCAACCACCAAAGGCAGAAACUCCAAGCAAGUUUUCACAGGAGAAACCAGCUAAGGAAGUUAAAGUAAAUAAAUAUGGAGAUACCUGGGAUGAGUAAGAGUCAAAUGAAGAACUGAAGAAAAUUACCUCCUGUCAGCUAACUUGAACUUCAUCUAGAUUAGUCAUGAGUAUCAGCACCUUUGGUGUGCUCUGCCAGACCCAACUAUUAAUAAAUGAGGAAAAAAUCCUGAAUUCUCAGAAAAUUUAAAAAUUGUAUUUAUGCUGAAUUUUUUUUAAUUUUGCAUAAAUGAAAAACAAGGCUACUGUUAGGUGUCAUAACUGUAAACCAUUUGUGCUGUUGUUUAAGAAUGAGAAAGGUAACUGGUAAUAUGAACAUAUGGCAUAAGGUAAAAUACAUGUAAAUAAAUGCAAUCCUAUGUAUUGAGAAGGGAACAAAUCAGAAUCUUCUCAAAUUUUCAAGACUUGCAUUAAAAGUUACCUGUAGAACUCAACCUCUCACCUUGUUUUGUCUGCAAGUGAUAUGCUGGGAACUUGAAAUUGUCCUCAUACUUGGUUUGUAACGUGAGGAAUACUGCUAAACUGUUGAGAGGAAAAGGGCUGAAGAGCUGAGCCAGACACUGAAAUAACCAUAACUUUUUCAAAAGUGUUUCAUGGUGCCAACUCUAUUUUUAGGCUGAUACUUUGCUUGCCCACAACAGGUUUCUACAGACAGUCAUUUCUGAAGAAAAUAAUUGAAUGAAACUGCACGUAUUGAAGGCUAAACAUGACAAGCUUUGGUAAAACCUUGAAUGAUAUAUUGACUGUUAAUGUUAGGCUCUGUAUAUUUGACCUUAUUUCUCAAUUUUUCCAAGUCAUGACAAAACCACCAUGUUUAUGGAGAAGAGAUCCCAAUCAAUGGAAUAUUUGGAAUAUUUUGUUAUUAUCAACUGUAAGAGAAGAGCUACAUUGGCAAAACUGAAGAGUUUUUCCUGGUGUUUGCAUCACCUGCUCUGUCUCUGAACAUGUUGCUUUCACUUAGGGAUUUUCAUCUUCUCACCUGUGCAGUUUCAUCUCCCAGCAUUGUGUUUAUUUGGGGGUUUGGGGUAUAAGGCAGCAAAAACCAUGAUGAAGUUGAUAGCAUAAAAGCCUUCCUGAAAUCUGUGUUGGAGCUGAAAAACAACACGCCUACCAAGCUGAACAUUCUCAAAGACCUUAUUGAUUUAGUGGACUUGCAGCAAAUGGCACAAAUGAGGAGGAAGAAGUGGGAACAGGAGGUGUUUAAAGAGCCAAAUACUACUUAAAAUAAACCAGGAAGAUUGCUCUCAGAAAAGCUCAUCUCCUAAAAAAAAUUAAUGCACUAAUUGGAUAAUCUUUUAGUUGUAUCAGAAAUUUACCUUGUAGAGUGCUUCUCAUGGCUGUUAGGAGUGAACUCUGAAAAUACACAGUCUGCCAGAAUUGGAUUGCUGUGGUUUUCAGUGUGCUAUUCCAAAGCUGAUUAGUUUUAUCAUGAAAAUAUUCACAGUUUCUUAGUUGUCAGUUAUGCAAUAGGAGGUAGACUAUUGAGAUGAUAAUAAUAGAGCAGAUUCCUGUGAUGGUGCCUUCCUGCAAAGUGUCUUGCCUCACAUUCAUAUUUUUGGGUGGACAAGCACAGUAUUUUAUAUAAAUUGUAUCAGAAUUUUUCUUCCUUUCUUAAAGGAGAAAAUAAAAGGCAUGUCAAUUAA